AUGGCUAUCGAUAUUGAACAACGUCCUCUCAAGGUUACCAUUAUCGGAGCUGGCAUUGCUGGUUUGACUGCAGCACUUGCUUUGAGAAAACAAGGACAUGAGGUUACGGUGCUUGAGAGAUCACGCUUCGCGGUCGAGACCGGUGCUGCUAUGCACAUGGCACCAAAUGCUACAGCACUAUUGGAAUGGAUGGAUGUUCGACCAAGCGAAGUUGGCGGAACUCUAUUGAGACAAAUGCGUCGUUUUGAUGCCAAUGGCAAUCUACUUCAUACAAAAGAGUUUGGUCCAGAAGACAGAAGCCGUUGGCAGACAGAAUGGUAUCUUGUACAUCGCGUUGAUCUUCACAAUAAGCUCAAGUCUGAAGCUACCUCGACAACAAGAGCUGGUGUUCCUGUUCAACUCCAUUUAGCCUGCAAAGUCACAGACAUCGAUCUCUACAAUGCCAGUGUGACCCUUGAGGAUGGGCGAUCCUUCAACGGCGAUCUACUUCUUGGAGCAGAUGGUCUGCACUCUUUCACACGAAAGCGAAUGGUCGGUGAGAUUCAACCAUAUGCCGUUGGAAAAUCUUGUAUGCGCUGGUUGGUGUCAAAGGAGACACUGCUAGCGGAUCCCAGGACAGAUCGCGUAUCUAUCGAGACACCAGGCGCUUUUGUCGAAUGGUCAGCGCCAGACCGUCGCUUGGUAGCGUAUCCCUGUGGUGAUGACAAGAUCAUGAAUAUGUGUGCUUUUGCUCCGUCUUCAGAGUUCCAAGAUCCUGAGAACACUACCGUAGAUGAAUACAACACCUCUGGAAACAUGAGCCUCAUGCUUCGCGCAUUCAAAAACUUCUGCCCUGCAGUGCAGGCAGCAAUGGAGAAUUCUGGAGACAGUCUCAAGAUUUGGGACAUGUACGACAUGAAAACUUUACCUAAAUGGUGUGAAGGAUCUACUGCCAUUAUUGGCGAUGCCGCUCAUCCUUUCCAACCUUACAUGGGACAGGGUGGUGCCAUGGCUAUCGAAGACGCAGUCUCUGUUGCUGUCCUUCUCCCAUUAGGAACCUCCAAGCAAGAGAUUCCAGAACGUCUGCGACUAUAUGAAAAGUGUCGUAAGCAGCGAAAUGAGACCGUCCUGAUGUAUACGCGUAUGAACGGCAGAGACGAAGGUGAUGACUCUGUUAAGAGGAUGACAGCUAAAGACUUGGUAGACUGCAUGACUUUGUGUGUGAUGCACAAUGAGCGAAACUCUUCAAUGGAGGCAUUGUCUAAAGCUAUUGCAGUAUGA